GCUGGGGCGCGGGAGCACGAGCUGCAACAUCAGCACCAGCGGCGGCGGCGGCAGCACCUGCAGCAGCACCCGGGCCCCGCGCUUUGAUCUACGCCCCGCGGCGCCGGGAGCCGCCGCCCCGCGCUCUCUAUGGAUGUCAAGGCGGCCCCCAACGGGGUAGCCACUAUCGAGGACCGGAUCCUGCGGAUUACUGGCUACUAUGGCUAUUACCCGGGUUACUCCAGCCAGAAAAGUACCUCCAGAUCCUCAGUCACUCGAUGCAAACCAGGAUCCAACUGCCCCAGUUCCCACAGCAGCAUCAGCAGGCAGCUGUCCCCUCUAGCUGUCACCGAAGACUCUGCUGCUCCUAUUCUUGAACUCCAGAGCCGAGGACCCUCCGGAGUUUGUGGACACAGGGUUGAGAGACAGAGCAGAGCAGGGGAUGAUGGGACACAGACUCAUCCUGAGAGCAGCGGCCAAGAAAGCAGACUCAAGGCUCGCUGCCUGUCCUGCACGUCUGUGGUCCUGAAGGCCGUCUGGGGACUCUUGAUCAUUUUCUCAGUGUCAUCGUCUUGGGUUGGAACCACACAAAUCGUCAAAAUUACUUACAAGAAUUUUUACUGUCCCUUUUUCAUGACAUGGUUUUCGACAAACUGGAACAUUAUGUUUUUCCCAGUCUAUUAUUCUGGCCAUCUAGCCACAGCUCAAGAAAAGCAGUCUCCAAUGAAAAAAUUCAGGGAAUGCAGUCGGAUUUUUGGUGAAGAUGGCCUGACGCUGAAGCUCUUUCUUAAAAGAACUGCUCCUUUUUCUAUUCUAUGGACUUUGACAAAUUACCUGUAUUUACUGGCUUUAAAGAAGCUGACGGCCACUGACGUCUCUGCUCUGUUCUGUUGCAACAAAGCCUUUGUCUUCUUGCUGUCCUGGAUUGUGCUGAAAGACAGGUUCAUGGGAGUGCGGAUAGUUGCCGCAAUAAUGGCAAUUACGGGCAUUGUCAUGAUGGCGUACGCAGACAACUUCCAUGCUGAUUCCAUCAUAGGUGUGGCAUUUGCAGUGGGCUCAGCCUCUACAUCUGCGUUAUAUAAGGUUCUGUUUAAGAUGUUUCUUGGAAGUGCCAACUUUGGCGAAGCCGCACACUUUGUCUCCACCUUGGCUUUCUUCAACUUGAUCUUCAUCUCCUUCACCCCCAUCAUCCUGUACUUCACCAAAGUGGAGCACUGGUCCUCCUUCGCAGCGCUGCCCUGGGGCUGUCUCUGCGGCAUGGCAGGGCUAUGGCUUGCAUUCAACAUCCUGGUGAACGUCGGAGUAGUGCUGACAUACCCAAUCCUCAUCUCCAUUGGCACAGUGCUCAGCGUCCCUGGCAACGCAGCUGUGGACCUCGUGAAGCAGGAAGUGAUCUUCAACGUGGUCCGCCUGGCCGCCACCAUCAUUAUCUGUCUCGGGUUUCUUCUGAUGCUGCUGCCUGAGGAGUGGGACGAAGUCACCCUGAGAUUUAUCAACAGCCUGAAGGAGAAGAAGAGCGAGGAGCACACGGAGGACCUGGCAGAUGUCAGUGUGCACCUGCGGAGCAGAAGCAGGGCCAAUGGAACAGUGUCCAUACCGCUGGCAUGAAAGGAGAUGACGUCGGGAUGCACAUAUGUGUAUAUUCUGUGAAUAUAACAUUUUCUCACUACCUGUACACUCAAAUGACAGUAUCAGCUCUGAGUUUGAAUAAACCAUAUGUGAAAUAUUGCCAACAAUAAAAAGUUUACAUUUAUAUGCAUAUCA